GGUUAAAAACCCCGCGCUGCAUUACGCGCGCUUUGUACAAUUCAAGUGUCGACGAGUUCACUAUGGCUGCCGAUCACAGGAACUCGACGAACCACAUGGAAAAUGCCGAAAUUUUCAUAAACAACACCCAUCAGAAUUCGAAGAGAAUGCGGACUGAACCAGUCAACAAGGUCACUGUCAUCUUGGGGGCACAAUGGGGCGAUGAAGGCAAGGGGAAACUGGUUGAUCUCUUGGCCACAGACGCGGAUGUUGUGUGCCGGUGUGGGGGAGGAAACAAUGCGGGUCACACAGUUGUUGUGGAUGGUACAGAGUACGACUUCCAUCUUCUACCCAGUGGUAUCAUCAACCCCAAAUGCAAAUCAGUCAUAGGUAAUGGAUUGGUGGUACAUUUACCAGGGUUGUUUGAAGAAGGGGCGAAGGCAACGAAAAAAGGCCUGAACGGUUGGACGGAUCGCCUGCUUGUUUCUGACAGGGCCCACCUCGUUUUUGACUUUCAUCAAUCUGUGGACGGUUUGCAAGAAAAAGAAAAGGGGAAAAAGAGUAUUGGUACAACCAAGAAGGGUAUCGGCCCCACGUAUUCCUCCAAGGCUAGCCGUUCUGGACUGCGGAUAUGUGACCUCAUGGCUGACUUCAGUGCCUUCUCAGAGAAAUUCCGUUCUCUUGUCAGUACAUACCAAAGAAUGUUCCCUGAUCUGGAGGUGGACAUUAAGACAGAAUUAGCAAGAUAUGAGGAAUUUGCAGAAAAGCUUAGGCCGAUGGUAGUUGACACCGUCUACUUCAUGUAUAAGUCCCUGCAGGACCCUACGAAAAAGGUUGUUGUGGAGGGAGCUAAUGCCACGAUGCUGGACAUUGAUUUUGGCACGUAUCCCUACGUAACGUCGUCCAACUGUUCUAUUGGGGGUGUGUGUACCGGUCUCGGUAUACCAACCAAAAAUAUAGGAAACGUCUUUGGAGUGACCAAGGCCUAUACUACCAGAGUAGGAGAUGGGGCGUUCCCAACAGAACUGCACGACGAAAUUGGCGAUUUGUUACAAGAGCGGGGUCACGAGUUUGGCGUAACGACAAAGCGGCGUCGACGUUGUGGUUGGCUGGACGCCGUACUGCUGAGAUAUACGAACGUGAUCAAUGGAUUCACUGCGUUUGCCAUGACCAAGCUUGAUAUCUUAGACGUUCUGGAUGAGAUCAAGAUUGGAGUGGCUUACCAACACAAGGGCAAAGAAGUACCGUGUUUCCCAGCUCAUCAGGAUGUCUUGAAGGAGGUGGAGGUUGAAUACGUUACCAUGCCCGGCUGGAAGAGCAACACGGAGCAGAUCCGAAACUUCGAAGAUCUUCCACCAAACGCUCAGGCCUAUGUGAUGAAGCUAGAAGAACUAGUCGGUGUCCCUGUAAAAUGGGUUGGAGUUGGAAAGAGCCGGGAGUCCAUCAUCACACGAUUCUGAGGCAGUGCUUCCACCAUUAGGCUGUUGAUUUGCCAGGUCCAAACACAGUCUGGCUCUUGAAUUUCCAGGAUUGAAAGUACCUCAGCAACUUCGGUCCUUUUAUUAUAUUUUUUUUAAGCCGUAAUAUGAAACUUAAUGUAAGGCAUUUCCAAGACGAUUUACAUUAAGUUUGUUUAUACUCAUGAGCAGGUAAUAGCAUUACAGAGUAUACUAACUGUGUGUAUGGUGUGUCGACAUCUCUGAUAAAGAAAUUGUGUAUUUCUGUCAGGCUUGGAAAUGGAAAACACAUUGGUAAAAAAGUUGAUGAAAAGUUUGUGGUAAUAGUGGUGAAUGGAUUGUUUAUUAAAACAGCUGCUGUUUUUUGGCAUUUGUUACAUAUUAAUCUGUAUGACGGUUAAAAGGUGUCACUGUUGAUAGAUUUUUGGGUGGUGCUGUUGUUGAAACAUCACAAUUAGUCUGUGAUGUACUUUGAAAAGCUCCUCCAAUUUUGGAAGAGUGUUUAACUUUGUCUCAAAGGAAGUGUCUCGAAGGAAAAGUUUGCAACUUUGAGCCUCACAUAUUUCUUUUUUUUAAAGUAAGAAUUGAAUAGAAGUAAAUUGUAUAAUGAGUAAUUUUAGAUGCACAUGCAGAAUGCAAGAUAUCCGCUAAAAAUACUCGAAAUUGUUGGCCAUUUGGAACAUGUUUGCUAAUGGCUAUGGCUAGUCCAAUGAGAGUGUCAUUGGCAAAAGCCUAAGCCAGAGCCCAAAAUGCACAGGACUCCAUUUUGAAAUGUAAUUCAGCUUUUGAAAAAGAGAUAUAUAUUUAGAGAAGCGAUACAUGUACAAGACAUUUGAAAUAUAUCAAGUGUUGUACAAAAUGUAUCAAUUUUGAACUGUCAAAUUUUCAAGUUGGGGGGAUUUAAAAAAAAA